AUGUCGAUAACAUCUGUUGAAAACUUAUCAAAUGAAUUAUAUUAUGAAAUAUUCGAUUAUCUUCAUGGUAAUGAAAUCUAUCAAGCAUUUUCGAAUCUUAAUUAUCGUUUUCAACAAUUUCUCGGUUCUUCAUCAUUUCCAUUGAAAAUUAGAAUUAAUUCAUCAUCUUAUAAAUCAUAUAUGAAUACAUAUCAACAACUUUUAUUAAACAAUAAACAUCGAAUUAUUUCCUUACAUUUAUCAUUAUCAUUACACAAUCAUGAAUUUUUCUCAUCAUAUUCCAUUAAUUCAUCAUUUAAUUGUCUUGAAUCAUUUAUGCUUUUUAAUAUUUCACUAUAUAGACUUUUAUCACUUCUUACUAGUUCAACUGGUCUACCACGACUUUUUUCAUUAACUAUUGAUAUACAAUGGAUAUUGGACGAUUUAACGGAAGUUUAUCGAUUAAUUUUUAUUUUACCAAAAUUAAAAUAUAUGAAAUGUUCAACAAAUGGAACUGUCAUAUCUAUGUUAUUACCAAUUGCUAAGAAGGAACAAUUAAGUAGUAUUGAAUAUCUUGUGAUUAAUCAUUCUUGUACUUUUAAUCAAGUUUCUACUAUAAUAUCUUAUACACCUAAACUUUGUCAUUUAAAUUUUAUGACAUUUUAUGAUAAUUAUUUUAAUAAUGAAAUAUUAUUACCAAUGAAUUUAUUCCGUCUAACAUAUCUAUCAAUAAAAAUGUAUUAUGUAAUGUUGAAUAAAUUGAAACUAUUUAUUACAAAAACUGGAUGUAAUUUGAAAGUUUUACGUGUUAUUACUCGUUCGUAUGAACGAGAUUGUCUUGAUGCUGAUCGAUGGCAAGAAUUUAUUACAAAUUAUUUACCGGAUUUGGAAAAAUUUUAUUUACAAUAUCAUGAAAAAGUUGAUCCUGUAGCUUUAACGUCUUAUGUCCUACUUUCGAAUAAAUUUCGUUCUUUAUUCUGGAUUGAACGACAAUGGUUGAUGGAUGUUGAAAUGAAUUCUUCGAAAAUUGUCUGUUCAGUUGGACAGUACAGGUAUAUUGAAAUAACUGUUUUAUCUUAA